CUUAGCUAGCUGUUUGGGGUAUAUUGUGUUCUGAGAUCAGAGUAAGCUGACAGACGUCGUAUGCAGAAUAAGAAGACCAAGAUGACUUCUAAAACCAAAGUGGGUAAAGUGGGGUCUAAAAAUAAAGAAGAUGCUCCUCAUGAGUUGGAGAGUCAGUUCAUUUUGCGCCUUCCUCCAGAAUAUGCCUCCACAGUCAGACGGAUUGCCCAGUCCAGCAGUAUGAAUCUUAAAGACAGACUCACUAUAGAGCUACACGCUGAUGGUCGCCAUGGUAUCGUAAGGGUGGACCGUGUCCCGCUGGCCUGUAAAUUAGUGGAUUUGCCAUGCAUCCUGGAGUCUCAGAAAACCGUCGACAAGAAGACCUUCUACAAGACGGCUGAUGUGUGUCAGAUGCUUGUUUGCACUGUGGAUGGAGAUUUAUACCCUCCUCUAGAAGAGCCCACUGGUACCACAGAUGGUAAAAGCAAGAAGAAGGACAAAGACAAAGACAAGAAGUUUGUGUGGAACCAUGGCAUCACUUGCCCUCUAAAGAACACGCGAAAGAGAAGAUUCAGGAAGACAGCAAAGAAGAAGUAUAUCGAGUCUCCCGAUGUGGAGAAAGAAGUGAAGAGACUCCUAAGCACUGACGCAGAGGCUGUGAGUGUCCGAUGGGAGGUGAUUGCUGAAGAUGAAACUAAAGAAGCAGAUAAUAAUGGCUCUCUGGCCAACCUGGACUCAUCACCUGGAACGUCCGGACACAAAACGGGCCACGGCUCUUCAGGCCCGCAUGACGAGCUCAGGGAGAUCUUCAAUGACAUCAGCAGCAGCAGCGAGGAGGAGGAGGAUGAGGGAGACCGUCAGGAGGAUGAAGAUCUCAACAUUAUGGACACAGAGGACGACCUGGUGAGGCAGCUCCAGGACAACCUGAACGAGUCUGACGGAACCAGGGACGAGAACGACAGGAACAACCAGAUCGCAAUGGAGUAUCAGGUGCAGAUCAACAAUGUCAAAGCCAGGCUACAGGAGACGCGAGCCCGCAAAAAACAGCAAGAGGACCUCAUCAUGAAAGUGGAGAACCAAGCCCUAAAGAAUCGCUUUCAGGCACUGCUGAAUGAUAUAAUCCAUGACGAGGAGCGACAGAUGGAGCAGCUGGCCUCCCUGCAAGAGCAGCUGGACUCGCUGAUAGAGAAAUGACCACCAGGGGGCAGCACUAUGUCUGACUUGGAUAAGCAGCUAAUAACACUGGAGAUGUCGGAGGAGGACAACUCAUUGUACUGUUCACAGUGAAAAUGAACAUGGAGAAUGUGAUAAAUUGCUAUGUGGCUCCUGAAUAUGCAGUACAUGGAGUAUAUAUUUGUAAGGUAUCAGGUACAGGUGACUGUAACUUGUAUUAUGUACCUAUGUGUUUGUGGGGUUGGCAGUGUAA